CCAUGGCCACGGUCCUGAUGCCGCGCCCCAAGCCCGGGAACCAGACCCUGUACGAGCACUACAGUUACGUGGGCAAGCUGGAGGGCAGGCUGAAGGAGGCCCCCGAGGGCAGCAUGCUCACCACUGUGCUGUUCCUGAUCAUCUGCAGCCUCAUCGUGCUGGAGAACCUCAUGGUUCUCAUCGCCAUCUGGAAGAAUAAUAAAUUCCACAAUCGCAUGUACUUCUUCAUCGGCAACCUGGCUCUCUGUGACCUGCUGGCCGGCAUUGCCUACAAGGUCAACAUUCUGAUGUCAGGCAAGAGGACGCUGAGCCUGUCUCCAACGGUCUGGUUCCUGCGGGAAGGCAGCAUGUUCGUGGCCCUCGGGGCGUCCACCUGCAGCUUGCUGGCCAUCGCGAUAGAGCGGCACUUGACUAUGAUCAAAAUGAGGCCGUACGACGCCAACAAGAAGCACCGCGUCUUCCUUCUGAUCGGGAUGUGCUGGCUCAUCGCCUUCUCGCUGGGUGCCUUGCCCAUCCUGGGCUGGAACUGCCUGCACGACCUUCCCGACUGCUCCACCAUCCUGCCCCUCUACUCCAAGAAGUACAUCGCCUUCUGUAUCAGCAUCUUCACAGCCAUCCUGGCCACCAUCGUGGUCCUGUACGCACGUAUCUACUUCCUGGUGAAGUCCAGCAGCCGCAGGGUGGCCAGCCCCCACAACUCGGAGCGCUCCAUGGCCCUGCUGCGGACUGUGGUCAUCGUGGUGAGCGUGUUCAUCGCCUGCUGGUCCCCGCUCUUCAUCCUCUUCCUCGUCGACGUGGCCUGCAGGGUGAAGGAGUGUGCAGUCCUGUUCAAGGCCCAGUGGUUCAUCGUGCUGGCCGUGCUGAACUCAGCCAUGAACCCCGUCAUCUACACACUGGCCAGCAAGGAGAUGCGGCGGGCCUUCUUCCGGCUGGUCUGCACCUGCCUGGUCCGGGGCUGGGGCGCCCGCUCCUCGCCUGCCCAGCCCACUCUCGAUCCCAGCAGAAGCAAGUCCAGCGGCAGCAACAACAGUAGCCCCUCACCAAAGAGCAAGGAGGACCCUCCGCAGAGAACCACCUCGCCCUGCAUAGCCGACAGGAACAAAACGGUGCAGAAUGGGACCCUCUGUAAAUGAGGGCAGCGGCCUCCAGGAAUAGGGAUCCUUACACAUCCACGGGACAAGGGGCGCUCUGCUCACAGCCACAGGUCUUAUUUAUUGCAUGCCUCAACCCUGGGAGUUCCAGAGCUGGGGCUCGGGAAACCUAUUUGCCAAUAGCCUUCGUAGUGUGGACGUCACUAAGGGCGGACCCGAGGACUUGCCAGCUUAUUCCACGGUAGACAACGUGCCUUGUCCGCUUCGGCUCCUGAGUCUUCCGAAUGUCCCCGGCUGCUGACGUGAUCUGCUGCCUUCCCCCGAGUCCC